AUGCACUUCACCACCAGCUUUCUCCUCCUAGCCUCCGCUACCUUCGUUUACACUAACCCCAUUGAACCCCGGCAACAGUCCAUAUGGAAUCCCUACAGUCCUUGCACAUCUUGCUUGAGAAGGUCGUGGACCCAGGGGCCAGAGUGCACCACUCAUCAAUACCUGAAGUCAACUAUCAGUCGCCUUUUGAAUCCACCAGCUUCAGAAACAGCCACGUAUACUCCAUCACAAUGGUGCUCUGCAUACCUCCGACAAACCGACUGGUCUACGCAAUGGAAGACUACUUCGUUGGUCAGUACAUACACGUCGUGGUCUGUUGUGCAUCUCUUUGUCACAAAAACGGACUAUGAUCACCCAACCUCCACUAAGUUCUGUCCAUCGCCUUCGCCAGCAAUGGAAUGCGGAUGGGACAGCAAUACAAUUGCACCAUUAGAUCAACAAGAAGACCACUCUAUCGAACACUUCCAGACUCCAGAAGAAUGUCAACAAUUGUGUCUCGAGCGCAAAGCAUGCAAAGCGUAUCGUAUAGAUGGAAAGACGAACACAUACUGCGAGAUCUUCAACGUAGGGCUCGGGAAAAACGCCAGCAACGUCAUCAAUCCCACGCCAAAUGGCAAUCAAUGGUGGGAUCGUAACUGCGGAGAACAUGUACCGACACCCUGUCGUUUAGGAGGAACUGCAUCUCGACGUACGCCUCCUCCGAACUUGAACCCGGGUGUGCCGGUUACACCUUCAUUGGUCGUCCUUACAACGGACGCCCAUCCUGCCACAGCCUCGAUUACCCCUGGUCCUGCCCUCGCAAAACGCGACACCCCUUUCCCACCCUACCUCAAAGAUUUGAGCUACCCUUGGUCGAGCAUGUAUAUGAUUCCUGCGUGUAGCUGUAUUGUUAGCUCAGCAGGUGAGCCAGUUGCCAGCACGACGGUAAUGACGGCUACAAAGUGGACAUCUUCUACAAGUGUGACGGUGACGAACGAGGAUUGGUUUACGGUGACAGAGACGCCGAGACAGACGACUGUCUAUGUGAGUGUGGAGUAA